AAGUAGAAGAAGAAGAAAAAGACGAAGAAGAAGAAAAAGAAGCCAAGAUGGCUGAGUACGAUUUGACAACCAAGAUUGCUCAUUUUUUAGACCGGCAUUUGGUUUUUCCUCUCUUGGAGUUCCUGUCAGUGAAAGAGAUCUACAAUGAAAAGGAACUUCUACAAGGGAAGCUGGAUCUCCUCAGCGACACAAACAUGGUGGAUUUCGCCAUGGAUGUGUACAAAAACCUGUAUCCAGACAAGGAAAUCCCACACUCCUUGAGGGAGAAGAGGAGCACUGUGGUGGCCCAGCUGAAGCAGCUCCAGUCAGAGACGGAGCCAAUUGUCAAGAUGUUUGAAGACCCAGAGACCACACGGCAGAUGCAGUCCACAAGAGAUGGGAGGAUGCUCUUCGACUAUCUGUCAGAGAAACACAAUUUUCGUCAGGAGUACCUGGACACUCUGUACAGGUACGCCAAAUUCCAGUACGAGUGUGGUAACUACUCCGGGGCGGCUGAGUACCUCUACUUCUUCCGUGUCCUGGUUCCCUCAACAGACAGGAACGCCCUGAGCUCUCUGUGGGGUAAACUGGCCUCUGAGAUCCUGAUGCAGAACUGGGAAGCAGCCAUGGAGGAUCUCACGCGACUAAGGGAGACUAUUGAUAACAAUUCUGUGAGCUCUCCUCUUCAGUCGCUCCAGCAGAGGACCUGGCUCAUCCACUGGUCACUCUUUGUGUUCUUCAACCACCCUAAAGGCAGAGACAACAUCAUCGAGCUCUUCCUCUACCAGCCUCAGUACCUGAAUGCCAUCCAGACAAUGUGCCCACACAUCCUGCGAUACCUUACAACUGCAGUCAUCACCAACAAAGACGUACGAAAGCGCAGACAAGUGCUCAAGGACUUGGUGAAAGUCAUUCAACAAGAGUCGUACACAUACAAGGACCCCAUCACAGAGUUUGUGGAGUGCCUCUACGUCAACUUCGACUUUGACAGCGCCCAGAAGAAGCUGAGGGAGUGUGAGUCGGUUCUCGUGAACGACUUCUUUCUGGUCGCUUGUCUUGAGGACUUUAUCGAGAAUGCCCGUCUCUUCAUCUUUGAGACCUUCUGUCGGAUUCAUCAGUGUAUAAGCAUCAGCAUGCUGGCAGACAAGCUCAACAUGACGCCUGAGGAGGCGGAGAGGUGGAUCGUCAACCUCAUCCGUAACGCCAGACUGGAUGCCAAGAUCGACUCUAAACUGGGUCAUGUGGUGAUGGGCAACAACGCAGUGUCGCCGUACCAGCAGGUGAUCGAGAAGACCAAGAGUCUGUCCUUCCGUAGUCAGAUGCUGGCAAUGAACAUCGAGAAGAGGGUGGCUCACAGCAACAGGAAUGAGACACCAAACUGGGCUGCUCAAGACUCCGGCUUCUACUAACAUGAAAAAAACGACGUCAGGAGGAUGCAGAUGGCUCGCGGAAUAUUAUCUAGGCUUUUUAUUGGAUUAAUGUAUUUAUUAAUUUAUCUACUGUUAUUUAUUUAACUGCAAGUGUAAUUUGUGCAAUUAAAACCAUCCAAGAGGAGGCAGCUAGGCUUUUUUGAAGUCAUGUAAAUAGGUAUUGCUAUAUUCACUUACAGAUAUUUACAUUAAGUGUGAACAUUAUGUUGUUUUUGUCAUUUUAACUUAGGCUAUAUGAAAUCUGCAGUUGGUUUGCUGUUGAUGCCAAGUGUUAAUUUUAUUCAUCUAAAUGUUGGAAGUAAGUAGAUCCAACGAAAAUGUCAUAAAUUAACAUUAAACAUCAUUUUGCCUUCUCA